CGUUUAAUAACGCACCCGGAAGAUUAGUGACUGAUAGCGCUGGUCGGGUAUAAAACUUACAACUUCAAUGUCUCGCGAGCUGUUGUAAACUGAAAACAAAAUGAAAGGAGUUGCAGCUCUACUGAUAGCCGCUUUCGCGGUCGCGCACGCAGCCAACCAAUGCCCCGUCGAGCAAGAGACCGACUGGAGCAUCGAGCUUCUGCUGGUCCACGGGGACUGCGACAAAUUUUACAAGUGCACAUAUGGGGAGCCCGUCGAACAGCUCUGUCCCGCCGGCUUAUACUUCAACGUUGAGGACUUGCAGUGUGAUUGGAGAGCCAAUGUAGACUGUGGUGACAGGAACAUCCCUGGGGAAGUCCAGCCUGAGCCAGAGCCAGAACCCGAGCCACAGCCAGAACCUAAGCCAGAGCCAGAACCCGAGCCAGAGCCUGAGCCAGAGCCCGAGCCAGAGCCAGAACCCGAGCCAGAGCCAGAACCCGAGCCACAGCCAGAACCCGAACCAGAGCCAGAACCCGAGCCUCAGCCAGAACCCGAACCAGAGCCAGAGCCCGAACCUCAACCCGAGCCCGAACCUGAACCCGAACCUGAAAUCGAAGAAGUCAUCCCCGAAGAGCCAGAAAUCGACAUUGAGGAGGGUUCUGGAGAAGCAGACUUGGAGAUUGAGUUCCAGGAGAACGGCUGCCCGGUCGACCCAUUCAUCCACUGGCUGGUGGCCAGCACUGAGGACUGCAACGUGUUCUACCAGUGCGUGUGGGGCGAGCCCGUCCAGAGGCGCUGCGCGGAGUCCCUACACUUUAACGCUGCCCUACAGGUAUGUGACUGGCCCAGAGAUGCCGGCUGCGCUGUUUCCUACAACAAGCACUUCCCAUCCAGAAACCUCUACAGAAAAUAAGACUUCACGAGUCUUUUACCUAAAUUAAUAGAAACAAAUGAAACGGAGUUAUUUCUGUUUCUUCUACCUCUAUCUCAAUAUAAUGUUCCUGAAUAUUUAUGUAAAGUUCAUUAUUAAAUGUGGUUCACUGUUA